UUCUUCUCACAAACACAAAAUUAACAACAACGUAACUAGUUUUGGAUUGUGAAAAGUAAAAGCUGUGUUUUGGAGAAGAAUUAUGGUGGGGUUUACGAUAAUGAGUGGGCGUGAAGCAACACAACAACUAGGAGUGGCAGAACUCGUAAAUAAGGUGCGCAUCUGAGGUCAUUUUGGCGUAAACCGUCGCAUAUAAGGUGAGAGAGGAGAGGCUCUUUCUUCUGUGUUAUGCCAACUCAUUUCAGAAAACUCAAGUAAUCAAAUUCAAAUCAACCAUGGGAAGCUCCACAACCUUCUUCUCUGUCUUCUUCCUCGCCUUUGCGAUCCUCGCCGUCCACGUCGCACAAUCCUCACCGUCCACUCUCGACUUCACCGGCGACCUCAGCACCUUCCUCCUCCCUCUCAAGUCCGGCUGUCGCGGAUCCGUCGCGGAGUGCGGCCUCCUCGUCGGCCAAGACGACGACGCUGAGUUUCUGAUGGACUCCGAGACCAGUCGGCGCAUUCUAGCCGGAAGGACCUACAUAAGCUACGGUGCGCUGAGGAGGAACACCGUCCCUUGCUCGCGACGCGGCGCUUCCUAUUACAAUUGCCGGCCCGGCGCUCAGGCCAACCCCUACAGUCGCGGAUGCAGCGCCAUCACCCGAUGCAGGCGUUGAGGAAAAGCUAUUAUUCUUCUCAUUUUAUUUUUAAUUUUUAAUUUUUGUAAUUGAUGAAAAAUCAUUGUUGUCAUAAUGUCACGCUACCACAUAUAUACAAGUAGAGAAGAGAAAGAGGAGUAGACAUGAAUAAAAUCUAAUCGCCGCCGUUUGUAUCUGUAUUGUAAUUUAAUUUAAUUUUAGGUACACAUAUUACUAUUAUUAUUAUUGUUAAUAUUUGGUUGCUAUUUGGAUGUGUGAAAAUUCUCAUCAUUAUUCA